AUGACACCUUUAACAAGUAUUAGUAAUAAUGCUGGAAAUUUGCAAACAUCUCCUAGUAAUCAAAUAUAUCAUUAUCCAAUUAAAGUACAAACUAAUAAUAAUAAUGGAAAAUCUGAUGAAGUGCAGUAUCCAUCAGCUCCUUCAUUUGAUGAAAUUGAUUUUCCAGAAUAUCAAAUUGUAAAUAAUGUGCAAAUGCAAACCAUGACGAGCAACAUUUUCAAACCAAUUAUAGAUUCUCUUUCGGAAGUUUCAGAAGAGGAGGAUUAUAGAAUGUUUUCUCAAUUUAAAGAGUUUAUUAAUUCUCAACGUGGUCCAGUAAUGAAUGAGGAAAAAUUGUACAGUUUGUACAUUUCAUUCAGGGAAAGGUAUCAACAACAAGCAAAUGUGAAUAAUGUGAAAAAUAGCAAACAACAAUCACCUACUGUUGUACUUGUAAAUAAGAGUCGGGUUCCAUCAUCUGGUAAUGCUACAAAGGCAAAACCUACAAUUGUAAAUCCAAAUUCUCCAACUGUCAGCACGACAAGUAGUACCAGCAGUACCAACAGUUCAGGAAGCAAUUCUGAAAAGAGGAGAGAUGGAUUGAGAGAUGUCAGAAAGAAAUACGAAGAACAGAAACUGGAAGAAAUGAGAAUUAAACAAAUGAAGGAGAGAAAUAAGGCACACUUUGCUCAGGAAAUGCAACAACCAUGUAUGGAUUAUAAUGCCUUGGUGAUGCGUGAAAAUACCAUGUAUAAUGUGCCAUCGAAUCAACAAAUGGGUGCAAGUACCAAUUCGUAUCCAAUCGUUAAUAAUCCAAACGACGUAAUUUCGAAUGGAACGUACAUUCCUUUCAAAGCUUCUCAUCCUCAACAAUCGAAUAGUCAUAUUACUUCGAGGGCAAUUAGUAAUUCAACUGGAGCUGGCUAUCUCAAUUAUAACAAUAAUAAUUAUUGGCCAAAUAAUAAAUAG